AUGAAACGAGACACAAGACCCAUUAUCAACAGAGCAUCAAUUUACAAGCCUUUGAUCGCAUUCACUAGGAGACUAUCGAACUAUUCGUUCUUGUGCUGUGAUACAUUUUCGGAAUGCAUCAUAUCAGCACUUGGAGAUGAUGCAGGCCAUCUGUUUUUGAUAGAUACGGACACAGAAGAGCGUAAAUUUCUCAAUACAGAGAUUGGCGUGAGCUCAUCUGCCAUUUUUGACCUAUGCUGGUUAAACAGCUCAUUGAUAGGCAUAGCAAGCGGGGACUCAAACCUGUACCUUUUCGAUGUAUUUAAAGGACAGCUUACGCAGUGUAAGGGACAUACAAAGUCAAUACGAUGUAUAAUACAAGCAAUCAACCGUGUAUAUACGGGUGGUAGUGAUGGAAAAAUGUUUUGCUGGGAUGUGAGAAGCAAAAAUCCGGUGGUAGAGCUGAGUUUUUCUCCAAAAAGUCAUAAAGUGGUGAGUGCUAUCGCGCUGAACGGACAGGAAGAAUACACGGUCUAUGCGACUGCGACACCAGGUACGAUCCUGAACACGUGGGAUCUCAGGUACACGAAACGGGGAAUGUAUGUCUCCGAACAGGUUGGAAUUGCAAGUGCGAUUACUAAUAGUGUGUAUCACAGGGAUCGUUACAUCUAUCUGCUACUUUCUAAUUCCGGCAUCCUGAGAUUGACAGAAACGGGCGUAUUCAUGAAUUACAUACAACCUGGCAGUUCAUACGGUGUAGCGCACGGAAAGAUUGACUAUAACGGUCACAUGGACCUCAUGUUUGCCGGCUUUGCGAACAAGGUGGCUGUGUAUGACACGAAUUAUCCAGAGAUUACGCACACGUACGAAAUAGAAUCGAUCAAUGGGCUGGAUUGUAUAGGAAGGAACACUUUCUUAACGUACGACGAGUACGGAAGAAUAGCAAUCUACGAAUUGGUAUGCAACGAAACAUGCGCACAAACGGUAUAAAGAAACUAUGAGUCUGCAGGAAAGCACACUUUUUGCACAAAACAGCAAACUUAUGGAUGGACAUUAACAAGGACAGCAGCCCUGCC